AUGACAAGAAAUAAUGAUGUACAAAUUAAAAUAGAAAAUGACAAUCAUUUAUCUCAAUAUAAUGAUCAUGUUCUUUUUAUCUAUAUUAAUCAACGGAAAAAUCAUUCGAUUGCAAAAAUUCAACUAACAGCUCAACAAGCUCGAAAUGACCUUCAAGAAAUUUUUAAUAAAAAACGACAAGAUUUUGUUAAUUUAUUAAAUCAAAUCAAUAAAGAAAUUGAUACAAAUUUAAAUGGAAAUAUUAAUCUUUUGAAAUGA